CCGCGUCGGGGGUCCGUUCAGUCUUGUUUCAGUCAUCCUCACGCACUCGUAGACGCAUCGCACCGCGGAGGAGGCACCGCGCGCCGCUUCUUCUUGUUUACAUCCACAUCGCGUCACGCAACCCCGGGCGCAACGCUAACGAUCGCGCUCGUUUUAUCGUCGGUGAUAUACGUAUAACUCUAUAUACGCGCACGGUCGCAGGUGAAGCAGGAAAUCGACUUAACUGCUCUCGACCCGUAGGAGCCGUGUGGCCAGCAAAGCGGAAAUAAUGCACGGAAGUCGUGGGACGAUCCUCGUCCUGUGCACGAUGAUGAAUUGCCUGAUGAGAUUGGGCUCACCCUCGCCCACAUCGACCAGCAUAAGACUCGGCGACGAAUGUAACCGAGAUCGAGAUUGCGAGGCUGGCAUCACUAAUAGCCACUGCGAUCUGGGUUAUUGCCGAUGUCUAUCCUUCUUCGCCGCCUACAAUGGGACUUAUUGUCUGGAAUCAACUCUAUUAGGCAACGAUUGUCUCGUGAAGGAACAAUGCUCUCUCAAAGUGGCGAAGAGCAAUUGCCUCGAAGGCGUGUGCCGAUGCGAGGAAGGACAUUUGCAGUUCCGCAAGCACACUUGUCUGGCACCUGCGAAACUUGGCGAAAUAUGCUACGAGCACGCCCAUUGUCGCCUCUGGGAGCCCAACUCGCACUGCGAUUUCCUCAUUCCGGAUUUAUUCGGUCGCUGCCAAUGUACCGCGCCGAUGCGCCGCGAAGGUGACGUCUGUCGACCUGACAGUCUGGUAAGACCCGAGCCGCUUCCGGAACAUCUGUCUAUCUCUGAGGAACCCAUAAUAGAGGACGUCACCGAGAAUGAACGCGAUAAGGAAACUGUCAUCGAAGAACAAAAGCAAGACAUUCAUGGCGAACCAGAUUCAGAUACAGGCGUUCAAUUAUCUUGGCUGAAGAACGCAACAAUGCUUCUGUCAACGGAAGCACCCAGUCAACUGAUACCGGUAAAUCUGGUGACCAGGCCAUCAUUGAACUUAAGACCUGGGACCAACGAUCGUCAUGGGCCGAACGAGCUUCCUGACGAUGAUGACGCCAUCAUUAUCGAGGCGGAGAUCACCGAGCCCCCGCAUGUUACGACAACCUCGACGUCUGCGCCGAUUAAAACGGACCGCCACGAGAGCACAACAAUGACGGCCGUCAGUCUUGGGCUGCCGUGCAUAGCCGAUCUGGAGUGCCGAAUGGCCGAUCCGAUGUCACGUUGCAUCGGCGGUGUAUGCGACUGCAGUUUCCCGACGAACGGUAGUUGUGGCGCACGUAGGACCGGCUGCGCGCCAGGCACGUUCCAGUGCCGGUCGUCCGGAAGCUGCAUCAGCUGGUUCUUCGUCUGCGACGGCCGUGCCGACUGCGCCGAUGGCUCCGACGAGGAAUGCACCGGCCUCCGUUGUCCGACGCAGGCAUUCAGAUGCAACGACAGCAAUGUCUGCAUAUCGAGGUCCGGUGUGUGCGAUGGCAACCGCGACUGUCCUCGCGGGGAGGACGAGAUCGGCUGCAACAAUCGGCGAAAAUGUCCCGAGGGUGCGUUCAGAUGUAAUAACGGUCAGUGCCUACCGGCUUACGAAUUCUGCAACGCCGUGGUGUCCUGCAGGGACGGCAGCGACGAGCCCAGGGGAGCGUGCAGGACGCGUAAUCGCGGACGAAUCUCCGCGAGAUUCUGUCCGUUCAAGUGCGAUAAUGGCAGAUGUCGUUCGGACGCGAUAACUUGCAGCGGUCGAGACGGAUGCGGCGACGGCUCCGACGAAAAGCACUGUAACGUUUGCAGAUGCAGCGGAACGGUCUAAUCUCGACCGGCCGAUCUUUUCGUCGCAUCGCAUCGUCGGGACAAAAGGAGAGGAAGGAGUAGGAGGACAAACUGCCAACCAACCGACUCGUCGAAGUAAGUGCUCGAGACUCAAAUAAGCGGGUACAAAAGUAAGUGUGACCAAAGAUCGUUAAGCCGUAUCACGGCGACUCCGGCUGCUUUUAACGCUCCGCGAUUUCGAGACUGAAAAGACCGUUUUUACUCGGGCUGCGGCUCGACUCCAGAACGAACAGCGAGAAAGAAAAAGAGAAAGAGAGAGAGAGAAAGAGAACCCUCCGUCGCGCCUCCUGCGCGAGCUCUCUCGUUAAGUCGAACCGGGCCAGUGACCGCCGUGGCGAGUCCAUGUUCUCGGGAGAAAUGAUUGCGCUCGUGUAAUAAUGGGACUUAAUCGCGUAUAAUGAUACCGUGAGGCGGCAAUAGUUUGCGCCAAGGGAUAACUUAGUUGUCUAGCAAAUGAAGCGUGUAUUCAGGGCUUAUCUUCGGACUAUUUGGGUCUUAAGCAAGAAGCAUCGUGUCUGAAGAGCCCCGGUAAAGAAAAUUCAUGCUAUUAUCUGAAAUCUAGGUGAAGAGAUUUGAAUAAUAUUAUUAUUAUUAGACACGUGCUGAUUUGCCUAAAGCGUAAGAUAAGCCUUGAAUCUAUUACCAUUGUCGGAUAUUUCUAACAGAUAGACAGAUAAUUUUGGAGAAGUCGAGUUUAGACGAAAGUUCCGAAGAUAGGCUCAUGCACUAUGUAUUUAACACGGAAGGCGCAAUAUCGCAAAUGAGUUAUACUUCGAAAGCAUAUAUUGGCACCGAUACAUUAUGCUAAUGCAACUGCAUCUAAGACUUAUCGCAAAUUUUAUAUUUUUCAUAACACGGACAAGAAUAAUACGCGCCUUCCGUUGAAUCUCAAUUUUGCACAUAUUUAUUAACGUAGAUGUCGAGAGUUGCCCGAAGAGGAGAAUAAAUAUUUUGCAAACGUCAGGAAUGUACAGAUAAUAUGGAAUUAUUAAGGUAAGCAAUGAAUAAAUAUGUUUGUGCAACAUUAUGUUUUGUUGCACUGCUGUCAAUUAACAUUUCGAUAACAUAUUUGAUGUGUAUCGUUCGGUAUAUUUAACUUGUAAUACAUGUCGUACAUAUUGCGACAAAGUAAAAUGUUAUUUAAUAAAUUCUAAUAAAAUUA